AUGAAUGCGAGAGGUUUGCCAAGUACACCAGAUCAUAAGAAGCACCAUGAUGACGAAGAUAGUUUCUCCGUUGCUUCCUCAUCAGCUACAUCCACAAGAACUACUAGACCUAAGGUAACGGUUGGAGUUGCUCCGACAUUUAGGAGCACCGCGCGGUUGGAGAGACGUAAAGAGUUUUACCAGAAAUUAGAGGAGAAACAGAAAGCUCUUGAGGAAGAGAAGAGAGAAAACGAGAAAAGGCUCAAGGAAGAGCAAGAAGUAGUCACUAAGCAGCUUCGGAAGAACAUGGCUUACAAAGCUAAUCCAGUUCCAAAUUUCUACUACGAAGGUCCUCCACCGAAAACUCCAUUGAAAAAGUUUCCACUGACUCGGCCAAAGUCACCAAACCUAAACCGCAGAAAGAGCUGCAGCGACACGGUUAACUCACCAUAUCAGGAGGUGAAAGGGAAGCAUUGUGUUCGUCUUCAUCGCCACAGUCUAGGCGGUUGCAAUGAAGAAGCCAAAGCAAGCAAUGGCCCGAGGACUCCAACUCCAAACACGAGAAAGUCCACAAAGGAAACACUAAAGUCUCAAGGAAAGAGCAAGAGUAGCCUUGACGGAGAGUCAAGUGAGAAUGGCAAUUGA